GAAUCUGACCUCCGUCGAGUUGAUUCAUGUUUACGUUUGUAGGUUACGUUCUCUCAGCGUCCAGCCAGGACAACACUUCAAGACCAUCUGUGGGAACCGAGGGUCACAGCGGGAACCAGAGGAAACGCUUUUUGAAGGUCAGCCUAAGCUGUCAGAGCGGGGAGAGGUCGGCAUUCUGUUACCAUGGUAACGGUCCCAUACAUAUAGGCUGAUUGGGCAUUAAUUGCAGGUGGAGUGUGGAGGGGAGAUGAGGUUCUUCACCGGUUUCUCAGCUGUGGAGCACAGUGGAAUCUAAGGAGGCUUUUAGAGCAAAAAUUCCCUGUUAGAAAGAGGUGUGGAGACAAACAGCUGCAACGUCUUCUAGCACCAAUUUCCUCAUAAAUGUAGCACUAACACUACGGGAUGGGACUACCUGUGGACAGCCCAGACAGAAAUAAUAAUGCACACAAACAUGAACAGCAGGGAGUGGAAGAAGGAGGUGAAAGCCAAACAGAGACCUGUUUUCCCAUCCAGCUACCACCUAUCACCAGGAAGAGAAAGAAAUACAAGAGGAGAUUGGCUAUCAACCUCACCAACUGCAAAUAUGAAAGUGUGCGACGAGCUGCCCGCAAGUACGGCCUCAGGGAGGCGAUGGAGGGUGAAGACUGGGCUCUGUUUUGGACUGACUGCUCUGUGUCUCUGGACCGUGUUAGGGACAUGAAGUGUUACCAGAAAAUAAACCAUUUCCCAGGCAUGAGUGAAAUCUGCAGGAAAGAUUCUCUGGCCAGGAACAUGAACCGAAUGCUGAAACUUUUCCCUAAAGACUACAAUAUCUUCCCCAGAACAUGGUGCCUCCCUGCAGACUACAGUGACUUUCAAGCCUAUACCAGAGCCAAAAAACACAAGACUUUCAUCUGUAAGCCAGAUAUGGGUUGCCAAGGUAAAGGCAUCUUCAUCACUAAAUCCAGUAAAGAUAUCCAACCUGGAGAACACACAAUCUGUCAAGUUUACAUCUCUAAGCCUUUCAUAAUUGACGGAUACAAGUUUGACCUGCGGGUUUAUGCGCUGGUGACGUCAUGUGACCCAUUCAGCAUAUUCAUUUUCAAGGAAGGUUUGGCUCGCUUUUGCACCACAAAGUACAAUGAGCCUACGCAAGGUAACUUGGACAAUGUGUGCAUGCAUCUCACCAACUACUCCAUCAACAAGAACAGUGAGAACUUUGUCCGUGAUGAGGACUUUGGCAGCAAACGAAAGCUGUCCAACCUCAACACGCACCUCAGACAUGUCAACUGCAACCCAGAGACGAUGUGGAACGACAUUGAGGACAUCAUCAUUAAGACUCUGAUAUCCGCUCACCCCAUCCUGAAGCACAACUACCACACAUGUUUUCCUACCCACACCACUGGCAGUGCCUGUUUUGAGAUCCUGGGCUUCGAUGUGCUGCUGGAUCACCGACUCAAACCCUGGCUGCUGGAGGUGAAUCACUCUCCGAGUUUCACCACCGACUCUCAGCUGGAUCGAGAGGUGAAAGACGCGCUGCUGUACGACACCCUGGUUCUUAUUAACCUGGGGGCCUGCGACCGUCGGAAGAUCACCAUGGAGGAGAGACGCAGGGUAAAGGACAGGCUGCAGCAAAACCGCUCCAGAGAAGCCAGGACAACAGAGCUGCGACAGUGCCAAGCAGCCAUGGUGGAACAGAUGGAGGAGUACGAGGCCAAACACCUGGGGGGCUUUAAACGGAUCUACCCAAGAGAGGGGGGCGAGAAAUACGACAAGUAUUUCAAACACAGCAGCUCGCUCUUUCAGGAGACGGCUGCGUCCAAGGCCAGAGAAGAGUGUGCCAGGCAGCAGCUGCAGGAGCUGCGUCUAAAGCAGGAGCAGAAGGACCUGCACUUGAAGGGCAGCAGAAGGAGAGACUUGCAGGGGGAGACAGCAGGAGAGAGGGUCAAACCCCAGCAAGCAUCAACACAACCUCCUCGUGACCUGCUGCCUUCGGGUCUGUCCAAUGAGGAAGCUCAGUCCUCUCUUUCUGGAGCUCUUUGGUGUUUAGAAGCUGCAGAUGUCCAACUGGAGGAGGUGAAUGAGGCAGAGGAGCAGGAGCGUCUUGACUCCCUGCUCCAAAGAAAGAAACUAGUUGAGGGUUUGGGGGUUGUGGGCCAGGUCCAUGAGCUACUGCAGAACCGGACAGAGGGAGCGGGGGUCUGGCAUUGCUCCACAGAAUCUGGACACUCCCACCAGAGUAAACAGCAGAGAAAAGAGACGGACUUCUUGACACAGUUCUCUCAAAGAACAAUGCAGCAGCAACAGCAGCAGAUCACACAGCAGCAGCUCCACUCGCGCUUGACUCACCAGCAGUUGCUCAGGCCCACAAUGGAACAGAGGAGCCUGAACGAGCCCUCCUGCCUCCAGUUAGAAGCCGAGAGCCACAGCGGGAUGGGAGAAACGCGCAGGACCUCUAGCACCCAGCUGGGACCCUGUUCGGAUAGAGUCCAUUCCCAACACAACACAGUUACCAGCCGUUUGCAUGUCACAAAGUCCAGAGGAAGGGUCCCCAUUAUAAACCAGCUCCCUAAAGGGGGUCUGCCCUGUGCCAACAAGUCCCACCAUCCCUCAGACCUUCAGAGCCUCCUCAUCGUCUCCACGCGCAUCCCACUGCUCAGCAGGCCUGGCUUCUCUCACGUCGUCCACAGCUCCCCCCGCAGAGCCCCUCAGCUCGGUAAAGGACUCUGAGGAGCAGGACCGCUGACCUCUGAAGCCCCUCGAAUGAGAACUGGGAAUCCAGACCUGCUGCCAAUCUUUCCAGAAUUUGUUAAAGCACCUGGGAGGUGAAGGCGGAGUAAUAUUUAACUGUGAAAUUAUAGUAAAAUACACCGUGCCUGUAUGAAAAA